GAAUAAGGAACUAGAUUCUUUUUUUUUUUAAUCUCUUAUUUUUUUUUUUUUGUUGUGGUUCAUGAGGAGAUUAGCUCAUUCUGGAAUUAUGAAACAGCCGUCUGAUUGGCCAGCGUCGGUCUGGCUUCCCUUUUUUUUUCCUUUCUUCGAAAAACAUGUGACACUGGCAACGCUGCUUCGUAAAGAUUGGCUUCUUCAAAGACAACAACAUACGAAAACUACAAGAUCCUUUCGAUCAACACAGUAUCCUCCCUCUCUCUCUGAGUUCAGUCCACUCUCAUCUACGUCUAAAGGCACGAUCCCGUCCAAACACUGUUCUUUUUUAUUUGUUCCCACCUCAAUCUCUGGAUUGUGUUUUGGGGGGGAAAGUCUAUAAAAGGGUUGUUCAUUUUUUUUUUUUUUCCUGGGAAAAGCUUUGUUACUUUACCCGGAUCCAAGGGUGGGAUUGGUAUGAACUGGGAAAACUGCUUGCUCAUCCUUUAUCAGCAAGAGUCCAUGAGUCAGCGUUUGCUCUGUUCCACCCAGAGCUGUUGCAACACACACACCGCACACACACUCACGCACGCACACACACACACACACACACACACACACACACACACACACACACUCCCUCUAUGCCUCCCUCCCUUCUCACAUACUCACACACAGGCCAUAGGACUGAGUCAACCUCAGUUUUUAGUUUGUAGCCGAGUUGAGAUAAAGCUUUCUGGGAAGCGUAGUCUGGUUGGACGACAUUUAGAAAUAACCAUGUGUGCUCAACAGCUGGGACUUCCUUUACCGCUCUAAGACACUUGGAUAUACAUAUAUAUAUAUAUAUAUAUAUAUAUAUAUAUAUGGUAAACUGUGUAAGACGUCCCUGAUGGCCAUGUCUGCUCCCCGGGCGUCUGUGUUUACAUUCGAGUCCACGGUGCAUUCCUCCCAUGUGCUGCGCUGCCUGGACGACCAGCGUCGGCGGGACGUCCUGUGCGACGUGACCCUGGUGGUGGAGGGUCGGAGCUUCCGCGCCCACCGCUCGGUGCUCGCCUCCUGCAGCGAGUACUUCACGCACAGGACCUCCUGCCUCUCGCCGCACGGCGCGGUGGUCACCCUGCCGCGGGAGGUGACGGUCGCUGGCUUUGAGCCCUUACUCAAGUUUGCCUACACGUCCAAACUUCUCUUCGGGAAGGACAGUGUCUUAGAAAUACGCAACGCGGCGUCUGUUCUUGGUUUCAGAGACCUAGACGAGGCCUGCUUUGAUUUCCUCCUCCCCAAGUUCUUCUCCAGCGGCGGCGGCAGCAGCAAGGGCUCCCUCCCUUUUCCUAGAAAGACCUGCUGUAAAAAGAAAAACAAGAGGCCUUUAUCAAAGGAGGACUGUUCCACAGACUCUGACGCCGCGCUGUUGGACGAGAAAGAAGCAAAACCAGUUGCUGACUCAACAUCUCAGCAGGAAGUGGCUGUGCGCUGCGAGAAAUCAGAGCGCGGCAAAACGGGAAGUCCGAAUACUAAAGGCACAACUACACCUGUAGCAGAAGGGGCGAAGGAUAAUUUUACGCAAUGUCCAAAGUAUCGUAAGUUCCAGCUGGCUUGUGGCAAAGACGCUUGUGGGGCGGAGAAGAGUCUUAGCAGUCUAGCAACGGUGAUCAGGGAUGAGUGUGAGCCGUCCUGCUCACCCUGCUCCAGUCAGAAUGAAACUGCACAGGCAAAUCCCGCCGGACUGAGCAGUGACGGUGCUGAUGAGCCGCGGAAAACUGAGAUACACGACAAGAAAACAGAAGGCGGCGUGGCCGGCGGGGGCGUCCGUGCGGCUCAGAGAGACACGAAUGAAAGAGAGGACGGCACGAAGACGGAGGAAGAGAUGAUGGCGCAAACCGCCGGGGCCAGCUCUCCGGAUAGAUCCCGCGUCAAAGCGGUCCCCGUCGGGGAAAGCACAGUGCUGGGUGAAAGGUCACCGGGGUCAAUAAUGCACCGCUGUCCCCUGAGGGCCUUGGCUGGGGGCCCUGCAAUGACUAGGUCAUGGGGGCAGGAGAGGUUCGUCUGCAUGGGCCUUAAAGAAGACAAGAAACCGCGGGACUCUUGCGUGGUAGUGCCCGUGUCCAUUCGUCAAAACGCAGGGGAGCGGGUAGAAGCGGAGGGGAAAAGGGCGGAGAACGCCUGGGAAGAAAGGGGAGAAGAGGGACCAGUGGGCAUCACGGAGAAGGGGACCCUGCCCGUGAAUCCUGCCAGAGAGGGCAGCGCCGACGUGGGCUCGCCUCAGCCCAUCUCCCAGGCCCCCGAUGCGGGACGCUCCUCUGACGCAGCGGGCGUUCAGGUGCAGAGCUCGUCUUUAGAGUGGCUGAAGCUCCACGUCGACCUCGCCGCCAGCGGCGGCACCGGCGGCGGCGGCGGCACCGGCGGCGGCUGUCCCUUCCUCCAAGAGCUGGACCAGGGCAAACGCUCGUGGCAGGGCGCGGGGCUGUCCGAGUGCGAGGGCGCGUCCCACUCGGGUGUGUCGUCCCUGAACUCGGGGGAGGACGGCGACUCGGAGACGGAGACGGAGGGGGACAGCGAGUCCUACGCGCGUGAGCGGGCCCGACAGGUGCAGUUGCCUUUCUCGGUGGCCUGGAUCGUGGACCUGAGCCGAAACGACUUCCAGCAGCUGCUCAAGCAACAGGCCCUGACGUGCGAGCAGCUCGAGUUCGUCCACGACAUGAGGCGGCGCAGCAAGAACCGCCUCGCCGCCCAGCGCUGCCGCAAGAGGAAGCUGGACUGCAUUUACAAUCUGCAGUGUGAAAUCAACAAGCUGAAGACGGAGAGGGAGAAGCUGAUCGCGGAGCGGAGCCAGCUGAGCCAGAUGAAGCUGAGCACAUGUCACAGCGUCUCCGCCUUGUGCCAACGGGUCCGCAGCGACGCCAACCUGCAGCCGGAGCAGCUCCGGGUGUUGGCCAAGUACGCCUCCCCGGACUGCCCUUUGACCUCUGCCUUCCCCCACACGGACGCUCUCCUGUCGGCGCCUGCGUUGCCCGUCCCGCCCCUGGCUUCGCUCUCGUCCCGCUUCGUGGGACUCGAUAUGUGCUCGCUGGCCGAAGACGCCCGGCCUUUGUCCGGCCGGGACGCGGCGACCGGGGGCGACCGGCGCCCGCUUUAGACACACGUCGCGCCCCGUCACCGUUAAAACUCAUACUGAUCCUGUAAAAUAUGAACAACACCGUGGACUUUGCCUUCAUUUUGCGGCCUCCUGUGCACUCAGACCAAUCACAUACUUCUGAUCAUAUCAUGAUGUGAUAAGACUUGAGAUAAGUGCCUGUUUAACGACAAGGGCUGCCAGACCUUUAUUAAACUCGCAUUACCAUUUUGAUUUACACUCAUAUCGGGAAUGCAUUCCAGGUUUCUCCAUAACAAUUCAUGCGACUUUUCCACCAACUGUCAGGUACUGACGAGCUUCUAACGUCUCCCGCGUUGCAAGUGGCUCACUACAGUUCAGAAUCUCAGGAAUAUUUGAGCUCUGAAACAACCACGGCUUUAAAGACAAAUCAGUAGGAACAGUGGUGUUUAUAGGAACAUGCUUCGAUGCUUGAUUACCUCAGGAUGACUAAUAUGUGUGUGUGUGUGUGUGUGUAUAUACUUAAAUUGUUUAGAAAAGUAUUUUUUUUUAUACAGUUUGAUACAACUCGCUUUUACCGUGAGCAGGAACAUUCAGGAUGCAUUUCACACAGUUCAAGUUGCACUGUAUUUUAUGUAAUUUGUAGAUUUAUUUUCUGCUGCAGCUGGAUGAGAGUGAAAUGAAUAACACACAGAAAUCAUCAAUGAGAAAAUGCUGACUAACCAUUUUGUAUUUUUGAAGGAUAGUGGAUUUUAAAAGCUGUUUAUCGAAGUUCGAAGAUAUUAUUUAUAUAUAUGUAUAUAUGUGUAUAUAUAUAUACACAUAUAUACAUUGAUAUAUAUACAUACAUACAUACAUACAUACACAUAUAUAUAUAUAUAUAUAUAUAUUAAUAUUCUUUUCCUGUUCAUUCAGAGUCAUGCCUGAUAACAUUUGGUGCGUGCUGCCCUCUAGUGGAGGUGUAGUUCUGUCUAUAGAUGUGUUUUAUAGACGUGUACAAGAGUACGUGCUGCACAAACGUGACUCGUGAGUGUCCAUUGGAUUCUUCACAUUUUUAAUAAAAAAAGAAAA